AUGGCCUCACUUGCUACUAGAUUUGUCAUUGCCUGCUUCCUAUUCUUCUCGGCGUCCGCCCAUAAUGUCCUUCUUCCAGCGUAUGGCCGUAGAUGUUUCUUCGAAGACUUGAGUAAGGGUGACGAGCUCUCCAUUUCGUUCCAGUUCGGUGAUAGAAACCCUCAAUCCAGUAGUCAACUGACUGGCGACUUUAUCAUUUACGGGCCGGAAAGACAUGAAGUUUUGAAAACCGUCAGGGACACCUCGCAUGGUGAAAUCACAUUGUCUGCUCCAUACAAGGGACAUUUCCAGUAUUGCUUCCUGAACGAGAACACUGGUAUCGAAACAAAAGAUGUCACCUUUAACAUUCAUGGGGUGGUAUACGUGGAUUUGGAUGACCCAAACACUAAUACAUUGGACAGUGCCGUGAGGAAGCUCUCCAAAUUAACCAGGGAAGUCAAGGAUGAACAAAGUUACAUUGUUAUUAGAGAAAGGACACACAGAAACACUGCGGAAUCGACCAACGAUCGUGUUAAAUGGUGGUCCAUCUUCCAAUUGGGUGUUGUUAUUGCAAACUCUCUAUUCCAGAUAUACUACUUGAGAAGAUUCUUUGAGGUCACAUCCUUAGUCUAA